AAGCAUCAUUCCAUUCUCAAACCUCGUUACUCAGUCCAGUACAUGUGAUUUUAAACCCGGUAAAUGCCAGUGAAAACCCGUUAUUUCCCCCGGAAAACCAUCUCUUCACGUGGUCGCGACUGGCGAUACAGAUAAAAAACCCCAAUUACGCGCAGGAUUGAGAAAUCUUCAUAUCCACAGUGGGCAACAAUGUUGUGGCUGUCCCGUGGUUUUGGGCUUUUGGGGUGCUGGAGCUUGUACGAGGUAGUGGAAUAGAAAAGAAAAGAAUGAACGAAUGUGAAACAGAACCAGUUCCGCCUUUAAGAGUUGACAGAUUUGGGUUUGUAAAGCAGGAACUUGACUCUCCUGAAGGUUUAGCCAAGCGUAGGUCAGCUUUUGAGUAUGAGAGGGAGGAAAGAAGGGUUAGAAAAUGGAGGAAAAUGAUUGGGGUUCGAGGGAGUGACUGGAAGCACUAUGUUCGGAGGAAACCUCAUGUUGUUAAAUGGAGGAUAAGAAAAGGAAUUCCGGAUUGUCUGAGGGGUCUUGUUUGGCAGUUAAUUUCUGGAAGUCGAAACCUCUUGCUGAUGAAUCCUGGUGUUUAUGAGCAACUACUCAUAUAUGAGACGGCAGCUUCUGAACUGGAUAUAAUUCGGGAUAUUUCUCGUACUUUCCCUUCGCAUGUUUUCUUCCAGCAGAGAGACAUGGAUCUGGGAAUGGGAUUUCUAGCAGGUUUGUUGCUUCUUUAUAUGAGUGAAAAAGAUGCAUUUUGGUUACUCGUUGCUCUACUGAAAGGAGCUGUCCAUGCCCCAAUGGAAGGAUUAAAUUUGGUAGGGUUGCCUCUUGUACAGCAAUACCUAUUCCAGUUUGACCAUUUAGUGAAGGGGCAAAUGCCGAAGUUGGGUGAGCACUUCACUCAGGAAACGAUAAAUCCAAGCAUGUAUGCAAGCCAAUGGUUUAUAACUGUUUUUUCGUACUCUUUCCCAUUCCACUUGGCUCUUCGAAUUUGGGAUGUCUUUCUCCAUGAGGUCAGUGAUUUGUAGUAGUUUAUGUUUUAUUUAUUUUUAGAGGAAGCACCAAUAUUUGGCUUGCACUUGACAAUUUCGUUGGCCAAGGGUGUUAAAGUUGUUUUUAGGGUUGGUUUGGCCUUAUUGAAAUAUUCCCAUGAUGAAUUGAUAAAAUUAUCUUUCGAGAGACUCAUGCAUGCUUUGCGUAACUUCCCUGAGGAAGCAAUGAACCCAGAUAUACUGUUACCGAUGGCCUAUUCAAUCAAGGUAUCCAAGCGUUUAGAGGAGCUGAAGCAGGAAUACCAGAAAAAAAUGGGAAGCUUGCCGAAUCCGUGUGAAGCAGAAGCAGCAGCCACCUUGAGUGCAUCAAAAGUUCCUCACUUGUGACAGAAGCUAAGCCAACUUGUGAAUACACUGAUGCUGAUUCUUUUAUUCUCGAGUUGUCACAAGUCAUUCUUUGGCGGUGUAUGCCAAACAUUUACAAUUUCAUUAUCUUGCCUAUAUUUUUUUGUAACACAACACUAUGGCAUUGUUCAAUAGUUUUUUUUGGGGGUAACGGAAUAAAUCUAGCCUGUCCUUGAUGAGUAAAUACACGCUUAUGUCGCUUAGACUUGUGAGUCCGAAUAGAAU